GUAACAGUUGAGCUCGAGUGCCACGAGCAUUGGGAUUAGGUGAGAUUGGUGAGAAGAUCAAAGUGAAGAGUGAAGACUCCCCCUUCCCCAAACAUGAAAAUCCCCAAUCCCAUACUCACGCUCUUCAAUUUCAUCCUCCUCAACCCUCCCUUAACCCUAGAAACAUGCGUGGACACCGUUUGCCACGUCCUCAUCCGAUUCCCCUUCCACACAGAAGAAUCAUGCGGAUACCCAGGCUUCCAAGUAUCAUGCAGCCAGAACAACCAAACACUGCUCAACCUCCCCAAUUGCGGCCAACUCAAAAUCCAGAGAAUAAACUACGCCGCGCAGCAACUAUGGCUGAACGACCCCAACAACUGCCUCCCCAAACGCCUCCUCUCUCUCAACCUCUCCGCCUCCCCCUUCCACGCCGUUUACCACCACCGCUUCACCUUCUUCAACUGCUCCUCCAACUUGGACUACCUCCAGCGCCGAUACAUCGCCAUACGUUGCCUCAGCCACGCUCCCACCUACGCCGUUUUCGCCACUCCUUCUCCCACCGUUGUUGUGCACUUGUCGUCGCUCUGCGUUUUGGUUGGAGCCGUCAACGUCCCCGUUCAGUUGCCGUUUUAUGACCGGGUGCUCUCGUCUGAGCUCAGCGACGACCUGCGCCUGUCGUGGGACUCGCCGGCGUGCGGCAGGUGCGAGUCCCACGGUGGCCGGUGCGGCUUCAAGGGUAAUGACACUGUUGAGCUUGACUGUUACCCUCUCCCUUCACAAGGGAUUUCCCGUGGUGCACGUUAUGCCAUAGCCAUAUGCAUAGGGGUACCGGCUUUGUUGUGCUCCAUUGCAGUACUGCGUUGCAUCUGCAGCUGGUUCAGAGUCAGGAUCCGUAAUGGGCCUUGGGCUUAUGAAACGGUGGCAGAUUUUGAGGCUCUAGCAGGCUCACCGCCCGCCACGGUAGCUGGCCUGGACAGGCCCACAAUUGAAUCCUACCCAAAAAUAGUUAUAGGUGAGAACAGACGCUUACCCAAGAAGGGUGACAAAACUUGCUCAAUAUGCCUCUCAGAGUACAUGCCCAAAGAGACAGUGAAAACCAUACCUGAAUGUGGACACUGUUUUCAUGCACAAUGCAUUGAUGAAUGGCUUCCACUGAACGCGUCCUGCCCUAUUUGCCGAACUUCUCCCUCAAAGUUACCACAACCGCGUGCUAGAUCAUCACCAUAAUGCUUCAACUUUCUAUCUCCCAAAUUUAUGCACCAGUCCUUCUAGUAAAUAUGAUAACUCUUUUUCGGGGGUCAAACCACAUCUAGAGACAAUAAACUUUCUAGACGCAAAUGAUUCAUCAGUUAUUACGUUCUCCUACAUUGUUAUGUGAAACAUAUCUUACAGCUAGUAAUGUAAAUAUUAUUUUUCCUAUUUGCCAUUGAGUAUAACAAAUAAAACUAGUUCAGACUUA